ACGUGCCAGCCGCUCCUCCACUCUUUCUCACUUUCGAUUCUGAAUUGCUUCGCCUUAGACAUUAUAGACAAUCGCUCACCUGACUCUUGCAUUCACUUCCUACUUGCGCUGUUCACGCCUGUGAUGGCGCCCUCAAGACCAAAGCCGUCGGAGAUAGCUGCCGAGGCAAAAAGAGUGUGGAUGCCAUAUAUCUGGAAGAAUUAUAUCAGGGAAGCCAAAACAUCAUAUCUGUACCCGGACGCAACACAAAUACGGAUCAACGUCGACAAGCGGUCGUCACAACGGACAAGGGUUGCCGUCAUGGAAGGUGACCCGGUGACCUACGCUCUGGGCUGGUACCAGAGCCUAGCCAACUCAGAUCCAGACUGUAAACGAAUACCCGUGGUCAACGUGGCCAACGAGAAGCGGGCCGGGGGAGACUGGGAAUCAGGGCUGAUGGCACCAGAAGAGUGCUUCGCGCGGAGGAGCAACCUCGUCCACGCCCUCACCAUGCCCUGGAAUGCCCAAAUGGGACGCGAGGAAAACUUCUACCCGAUACCCCAGAAAGGCGGCAUCUACUCUCCGCAAGUUUUUGUUUUUCGAGGUGGCCCCGAACAGGACUAUGCUACGUUCAACGAGAUUGCUUCGCUGCCCGUCAUCUCUGUUGCACCAGUGCGCCGGCCCAAGCUGGAUGAGUCGGGCACAAAGUACUCGUUCGCGCAGGAGAAGGAGCUGAUGAAGGAGAAGAUGCGGGCCGUGCUUCGAAUCGCCUCGUACUGCGGGCACAGGAACCUCGUGUUGGGGGCGUUCGGGCUAGGGCCAAUUUUCCGCAACCCGGCCACAGAGGUAGCGCGGAUGUGGAGAAAGCUACUGUUCGAAGAAGAAGAGUUCCACGGCGCAUUCCAGGACGUCGUUUUCGCCAUCGACAGCAGCAUGGUCGGCACGCCGUUGAAAGGAUGCGCGCCAGACUUUGAAGUCUUCCAGAGGGAAUUCGAUCCCCAGACGCUGUUUCCCACAAAGUACGGCUGGUGAAAUGAAUCAUGACAACACCGACACAGACA